AUGACGGCCGCCACAGCCUCUAGUCCGAUCCCUGCCGAGAUUCGAUUCGAUCCCUACCCCUUUGCCAGCCGCAGCCGCCUCUCCCUCGCCUCGACCGACUUCCUCUCUCUCGAUUCGGCCGGAGAGCCCCCCGCCUCAGCAGCCUCGGUCGCCGUCGCCAACCCACGCGCCGUCCCAAAUUCGGCCCUCCAGCGAUCCGAACGUCGCUGCUGCCGUUCGGACCGCGUCAAAGACGGUGCCGACAAAGCCCUCGACAAGGGAUUCAGGCAGGCAGGCCCUAUACCCACCGACCUCAUCAGCCCGACCAAAGCGAGCGCGGCUUCGGGCUCGCGCAUCGACACCGCAUCCGCCUCCGCCACUCUCGACUGCAUGCGUGCACCCGUGACCGCCGACGAGACUGUCGUUUUCCGGGAGGCGGGACCCUCACGCUUGCCCCGAUCCAGUGGCACCCUCGGCGAUGAUGAUUUGCCCGUCUCGCCCCUCUCGGAGGACAGCAGUUUGGUAUCCCCACCCGCAAGCACACCUCGGGCUACCUCGCCCGCUUGCAGCGGACCGCCAUCGCCCAAGGGCAAGGGCAGGGCCAGCGAAGAGGAGCUCGCAGCCCUCGAUGCUGACAGCCUCUCGCAUCAGCAUCAGCAGCAGCAGCAGCAGGACGUGCAGCAGCAUGGCCUGAUGCCUGGCCUGCCGUCUUCGACGACCGACGACGCACUGACAGCACAGUCCGCAAUCUCGCAAGAACUCACUCGACCCCUUCUUCAAGCGCUCGAUGAGGCACACCGCGACCAGCUUGAAGUGGAAAGCAUCCUGUCCUUGGAUCCUGCCCCAUGCCAAGGCGGCGGACCGCAUAUGCAAAAUCGCUGGCCCCCUCCCGCUUCUACGCCUCCCCUCCACGAGCAGCCACCCGGGAAUUCAGAGGACGACAGCACACCGACACGAGCUGCGACAGCUCAGGCGAGCGCGGAGCGCCACGCUGUCCAGCGGCCUACUGCCUCUCGGACCGCCUCUGGCUCAAGUUCGAACCUAGGCUCGGACAGCGACUUCCAAGACGCCUGCGAGGUCCUCGAUGGCGCAGGCAGCGCUCAGCUCGAUGCCGCAGCCCCGAUUGCACAGCCCGCGACCGCUGUACAGCCGUCCUCGGCUACGGCAAGCUCCGAGCAGCACAUCGCCGUCGCCAUCGCCGUGGCAGCGGCAGCGGUCGCAGAAGAAGACAGCAAUCGGCCAGUCUCGGCCGCCCAGCCCGACAUCAGCCGCACGCCAUCGACUUCGACGACUGGCUCGAGCCAUGCGGGCAGCGUUGAUACGGCCAUCAGCUCGUCGCAGUCGACGGCCGCCUCGAGCUGCCCGGGCUGCGCCGAGCAAUCCUGCGACACGCUCAAGAUCACCGUCGACGGCGAGCCAAGCGUCAACGCCGCCCAGGAUUCACCCCUCUCGUUCGUGUCUGAGCCCGAGGCGCUGUCGGGGCUUGACAUUCCCUCGUCGGCUGCAGCGACAUCCGACGUCGAUGUCGCCGCAGAGCGUGCGGCGGACAUUGCUGCCGCUACCGCCAUGGCCGCCUCGACGACCGACGCGACCAAGCAGCCCUCGCCCGGGCAGCAGGACAAGGCCGUCCAGGCCAAGGUGCGCCGGUACGCCGCUCUGCUCGAGCUGGUCGAGACCGAGCGCAACUAUGCGGACGAUCUUGCGACGCUCGUGCUCGUCUUUUUCGACAACCUCUACACGAUGCCCUUUUUCGAGGACCAGCCGGCCCGCCACGCGCUCGUGAUCCGCAACUCCGAAGACCUGCUGCGCCUGCACCAGCGCCUCUCUGCGCGGAUGGAUGGCGUCAUGUCCGAGCUCGGCCUCCGCAAGGGCGGCUCGUCGUCGACAGCCAGUGGCGGCGGCAACGGCAGCGCGGCUGGCUCGUCGAGCCUGCUGGCCAAGUCGGAUCUGGAAAAGGCGCUCAGCCCGCAGGCUGACGAGGCGGUCAUCCGCAUCGCCCGGCUCUUCACGGGUACCGCGGCGGCCUUGCAGGGCUACAAGGUCUUCUGCUCGAGGCAUGGCGAGGCGCUCGCCCUCAUCCGCGAAGCCGAGAAGCGGCAUGCCGACUGGGAUGCCUUUGAGCGCCGGUGCUCCGAGAUUCUCCGCAUGAGCCGCGCACCUGGCUACGGCCCUUCGCGCCCGCCGUCGGGUGCCUCGACGCCCGGCGUGUCGUCUACGUCAAGUCCGGCCUCAUACUUCACGCCGCUCCACAUGAGCUCGAACGCGUCCUCGGCCACCACGGGCGGCGGCUCCUCGAGCACCGGCAGCAACAGCGCUGCUGCGACGCCCGGCUCGGUCCACUCGGCCAUCCGUCAGAACUCGUCGCGCCUCCUCUUCCGCGACUUCCUCAUCAAGCCCGUCCAGCGGCUGUGCCUCUAUCCGCUGGUGCUGCAGACGCUGCUGAAGCACACGCCCGCCGGCGCCGCCGGCUACGAGGAGCUGUCGACAGCCAUCGCCCAGAUGCGGCAGGUGGCGGACGGGGUCGACGAGGCCGGGCGCCGGCGCGAGCUGGAGCUGAUGGCGGACCUGAUCACGUCGCGCGUCGAGUCCCACCACGGCGUCUCGCCCAGCUUCAUCCGCUCGCUCGGCGAGUGCCGCCUGGCCGGCACGCUCGACGUCCUCCACCACCACCGCACCCUCGAUCCGCUCGUGGCCCCGCUCCGCUUCAAGUACCUCGGCGUCUUCCUCUACGACGGCUUCCUGCUCAUGGUCAAGGUGAAGAAGGCCCCUACCUACGAGUGCCGCCAGUGGUUCCCACUCUGGGCGGCGCGGCUUUCGAACGUCGACGAAGGGAGCAACCUGCUGCCGCAUUCCUUCCGCCUCUCGGUCCGCAGCCAUCACUUUGAGCUCGCUGCAUCCAACGCGCGCGAGCGCCAGGUCUGGAUCGCCGCGCUCUCCGACGCCAUCUCGAACGCCAGCGUCUCACCGCCGGGCGCCGAGUCGAGCUUCCCAUCUAGCCUCUUCCUCGGCAGCAGCAGCCUCGGCGAUGGUUCCGACUCGGACGGCAAUCCCUGCUCGGCCGGCGCGACGCCCAGCGCCAGCAGGGGCAUCGGCGCGUCCAGCUACUGGGACGUGGCAAAAGAGACUGUCGCCGACCCGCUGAUGGAGUUCUUCGCGCAGCAUGCCGCUGGCAGCGUCGCAUUUGCUGAGACCGCGCCGCCGCUGCCCUCAUCGGUCGCAUCGCCGACCUCGACGAUCUCGACGACGGCAACGGCAGCAUCUCCAUCGGCAUUGCACGGGAUCGGAGGAACAGGCACGGGAGGGUCGGCUUCUGUCGCUCCGCCUGCCGCCACAGCUACCGCCUCCUCCGCCGCCGCCGCCGCCACCACAAGCGGCACCGUCAACUGGUUCCCGACCGAGAUCUUGCUUCGCCACGCCUCUCCAUCGUCGCGCGGCAUCGUCGACCGCGGCAUGGUCUUCUCCGACGCCGUUCUCAACGCCCGCCACUCUCGCGACGCCGGCGACAUCUCUUCGCUCUGGCUGCCCCACAACCAGACCAUCGGAUCCGCCGUCGGCACCGCCAUGGGCUUCGGCCGUCUGUCGGGCAAGGACACGUCGACCGUCAAGAUCCAGCGGCGCAAGAGCUGUGUCGGAUCGCUCGAGAGCGCUGUCGCUGGCGGCAUCGCCGGCCUCGAAGACGGCCAGCUGCUCUUUACCGCCACCGUGAUGCAGCCGGGCUCGUCGCGGGCGCGUCCGUCGGCCAAGUCGAUUGCCGACUUCACGGUCAACGGCGGCAUCGGUGGCGACUCGAGCUGGAAGGCUUCGCUUCGCAAGAAGGCCAACAAGGUGCGCCCGCCGAGCAUCUUUGCGCCCGCCGGGCUCACGGUGGUGACCGAUGACCUCACGUCGCCGCGCUCGCCGCGCUCGGCCAAGUCGACGCCGACGUCGCCGGUGCAGUCUUCGCGCGACCUCCAUCCCAUCGAAUUCGGCUCGAUGGUCGGCGGGGUGCCACCGCCGGCCGACGCCUUCCUCCAACCCAGCUCCGCUGCGUCGCCGUCCAAACGCCGCCAGGGCUCUGAGGAUGCAUCGAUCUCGGCGACGUCGUCGCCGCGGCCGAGCUACACUCCAAGCUUCCAUUCGGGCCUGGGCUCGACGGCGAGCUCGAUUGUCAAUCUGCGCUCGGCCGCCGCAGAGGCUCGCCGCCGGUCGAGCAUCUACGGCGUCAGAGAGACUCUGGCGGCCUCGUUUGGCGGUCGCCGCGGCCGCACGCGGUCGGGUCAGACGGACAUGACCGACCUGUCCGCCGACGCCUCUUCGCGGGGUGUUUCGCCGAUGAGCUCCAAUGUGGCGCUCCACCAGCUGCACGGGCACGGCGCCGUCAUCGAUGAUGCGGAUCGUCCGCCGCUGGACGCGCUGACCUCGGUCCUGUCGGCGUCGGCGCACGAAGGGAGCUCGGCAUCCGGCAGGCUCAGGUCCGGAUCCCGGCCGGGCUCGCUGCGGCGCGCCUUGACGAGCGCCUCGUUUUCCACGGGUCGCAAGCGGACCCAGAGCGACGUCGGGACGGUGCCAGGGGCCCGGGCCGAUGCGGCCUCGGCGACUUCGACAGCUGCCGCCGCGGCAGCAGCGAUGACUGGCCGAGGCAGAGUGACGGCAGGGCGGCUGGAGCGCACCGACAGCCACGUGACCAUGCCGGUCGACGAUCGCCGAGGCAGUGGUGGCAGCGUGACGGGAAUCAAGGAGGGCCUCAGCCGACGCUUUGGCGGGAGCAAUGGCGCUGCCGCCAACGCAGAGUCCCGGCCGACGCUGGGAGGCAGCCUGCGUCGAUCAAGGACGAUGCUGAGCUCUGGCCGGGCCUGGCUGGGCUCGCUGUCCGCUGGCAGCGCCCCGAUGCCGACCGCCCCCGCCACGGCAGGCGUAGAGCGAGUCCACGCUGGCAAGACGUCCAACGGCUCCUCGGUGGCCGCCGCCGCCAUCGUCGAGCAGGACGGCAUUAGCCCAAAGAGUACGCCUACCGUCGGCAUGGCCCCGGCCAGCCGCUUCCCUGGCGGCAACGGCCGCCCUCCGGCGACGUCGACCCCGGCAUCGAGGCCCCUGUCGCAGUGUCGCAGCUUCACGGAUCCCGAGCUGGCGGCCAAGGCGGAGGGGGGCAGACCUCUGAGCCGGGGACGUGAGGUGGCACGAAGCGAGUCGGCGCCCGCCGUGCCGCUGGUGGCCAAGUCGUCGUCUUCGUCGUUGUCGUCGUCGGACUCGCCGAAGCGCGGGUCGAGGAUGCUCAACACGCUGCGCUUCCUGCAGUCGAACCGGCUCUCUCCGAUCCCGCUCAAGGCCGUCGCCGAGACGGCGGUUGAGCACUCGGUCACUGGCGGCGAGGCGGCAUCGUCGGGCGCCGCCCCUGACAACGCGGCUGGCACCUCGCGUCUUGGCGCCUCGCCGGUCAAGGGACGGACGAGCCUGCCUGCGCGGCUGUCUCUGCUCGACAACCAGGCCGUGGACGGAACGACGGGGCGCAAGGCUUAG